AAGUAAGAAAACAGAGCAACUUCUUGGUUAAAUUAAUCCCCAAAAUUUCCAAUUAUUUCUUCAAUUCAACCAAAUAAUUUCAGGUGGAAGACAAUUCAGAAUCUUUUUUCGCUGGAACAAUCAUGGAAGAAAAAGGUGAUGUUGAAGACAUAGUGAUCGUCGGAGCUGGAAUUGCAGGCCUCAGCACUGCCUUAGGGCUUCACAGGUUAGGGAUUCGAAGCUUAGUGUUGGAAACUUCGGAUUCUUUGAGAGCCGCUGGUUAUGCGUUGACCACAUGGAAUAAUGCUUGGAAGGCUCUCGACGCCUUGGGAAUCGCCGAUUCCCUCCGCCGCCGCCACGAUCGCCUCGCCGGAAAUGUUACUUUCUCGGCGGUUUCUGGGCUUCGAACUUCGGAUUUGCUCUUUACGGCUUACCGAGACCAAGAAGCCAGAACUGUGAUGAGAAAGUCAUUAUUAGAAGCACUUGCAAUGGAUCUUCCAGAAGGCACCAUUCAGUACUCCUCCAAGCUUGUUUCCAUCGAAGAAUCAGGCUUUCUUAAGCUGCUUCAUCUUGCUGAUGGAACAAUUCUCAAAACCAAGGUUUUGAUUGGAUGUGAUGGAGUGAAGUCUGUGGUGGCUAAGUGGCUUGGCUUUAAGAAGCCUUCUUCGUCUGGAAGAAAUGCUACUAGAGGGAUCGUAACGUACAAGGAUGGUCAUGGAUUUGGUAAUAAGUUCAUGUGGUUUUUUAGCAAAGGCCUUCGCUUUGGUGUUAUGCCAUGUAAUUCCGACACAGUUUAUUGGUUUAGCACUUGGCGUCCUUCCGAACAAGAGGAGGAGAUUGAAGAGAACCCAGUGAGAUUGAAGCAACAUAUUUUGAGCAAGCUUGGGAAGGUACCUGAUCAAAUAAGGGCUGUUGUUGAAGACACUGAAGUUGAUUCUUUUAUGUCUCUUCCAUUGAGAUUUAGGCGCCCUUGGGAGCUUGUUUGGAAUAACUUUUCUCGAGGUAACAUUAGCAUCGCAGGCGAUGCACUUCACUCGAUGACCCCAGAUCUCGGCCAAGGAGGGUGUUCUGCAUUGGAAGACGGUGUUAUUCUCGCGCGAUGUUUAGCUGAAGCUAUGUCAAGGAAUCCAAAUGAAGAAGUAGAAGGCAAGGAGGAAUAUAAAAGAAUUGAGAAGGGGUUGGAGAAAUAUGCAAAAGAGAGGAGAUGGAGAAGCAUUAAGCUUAUAACUGCAUCUUAUGUGGUUGGUUCAAUUCAAGAGAGUAAAGGGAAAGUGAUGAACUACUUGAGAGAUAACAUCUUGUCUGAUUUUCUUGUUGGUUUAUUAAUCAAGUGUUCUGAUUAUGAUUGUGGGACACUUGGCUGAUAAAUUCAGCCAUUUUUGUAUAAGGUUUUGUUGUGUGCUAGUUGUAUUGUUUGGCCUAUUAAGCUAAAUUUUAUUAUUUCUCAAGUUCAACAGGGAUGAGAACUCAAUUUCUUGUU